AUGUCUUUAGCAUCGGAUAACACGCUAGUUUUUACUUUGGACGUGCAAAGUGUUUUGACUUAUCCAAAGCCACUUGUAUCCAGUCAGUAUUAUAAACAGUAUUUAAAUUUUGAAGAUCUACCAAGUAAUUAUUCCUCAAUUAGGCCAGGAAAAAAGCAGGAGACCCAACAGUCACAGACAUUCGCGGUUUGCUUUAUAAAAAUGGAGACUUGUUUUCCAAACUACGACAUACUGAUGACUGGCAACAAUUACCACAGCGAAAAAGUCAAGAAAUGUCCCCACAAUAGCGAACACAAAGCUGUAAAAAUAAAUGCUCGAAGCGAAGGCUUUAAAGCUUACAAAAUUAAUUAUAUGCUACGUAAGGAAAUAUUUUUAAACAUGAGACCAGAUACGAUAUCCUUUACGGCUAAAACUGAUUCGUUGAUUUGUGCCGUAGCCAGAAGGUAUUUAAAGAACCAUCGAGAUAAUCAAAUUAAAUUAGUGGCGUCGCGAAAAAUGAGACAACUAGCAGCGCUGCUUAUUGAGAUCAAGAAGAAAUCUCAGAGGAUGCCAGUUACAUCAUAUACACAUAAUAUUCUUAAAAAAAUAUCAAACAAGUUUGAUGGAUGUAUCACUGAAAGUGAAAAAAAUCUCAUGCAGUCGUUUAAGAGGGUGGUUAUUAGGGGAAAACGGAGAAGCGGCGUUCCCGUACUAUUUACACAGGAGAUGGCAAAAAACCAAACUAAUUUGGUAGAUAAAAAUAAUAUUUAUUUAUUUCCUAAUCCAAAAUCUUCUAAGAGCAUUAGUGAUCCUCAAGUCAUUUAUAAACACAUAAGAUUUGCAGAUGAGAUUGAAAUUAAUAUGGAAGUAAUGAAAGAAAUAUCAGAAGAUGAACAGGAAACUGACAUAAAAGAGUCUCAAGUAAUGACCGCAACAUCUUUAGAAACUGCAAACAAAACUAAUAUCGCGGUAAGUAGAAUAGACGAAAUAAAAAAAUAUGCUAAAGGAUCGUAUGAAAGAGUUUUGCAGGAUCUUUAUAAAAAAUCCUUCAUUAUAAAUGGUACGGUGUAA